AUGCGAGAAGCCAAUAACCGAAGCGGCUACCUCGAGGAAAAAGGCAAGAAGAUGAGAAAGGAAAUUGGUCUCGAUGACGGAAAGGGGAGAAGAUCAGCGGAAAACCGGGCCGAGCACGAGGCGGAAGAAACAGUUGGCGUCGCAUCUAUCACGUUCAAGUUCUUUGAGAGGUUCUCUGGACACACGGUGAUUAGGGGAAACCUCCCCUUCCCAGCCGUCACGAUAUGCCCGAACACCCGUCUCUUGAAGAAAGAGCGCCGCAAUAAUAAGUCCCAGUUCUUUCGGAUGCUUCAAAAUGCACUUCAGAACCUUCCAUUCCCAAAAGACGCA